AUGUCUGGCACCGACCCCAGUGCUAGAAAAGCAGUCAACGAUGCGCUUAUUAACUCCGGUAGCGUCGCCGUCGGACAGAUAGUUGACACAGCAAACUCCUCUGUUGAGAAGCGUCGCAAGAACAAAGAGGAGAGAGCGAAACGUGAGGCUGAAGAAAAGGCUGCCAAGGAGAAGGCAGAGGCCACUUGCUCGGUGUCAAAUGUCGAAGCUUCCUCUGACGUUAUGGAUACCAACGCCAUUAUCGAUCUUGUCCACGAGAUGCAGGGCCAACUUUGGGUCGACAAAGUGAACGAGACCCACAGAACAGGCCAUCUUUGCAAGUGGGUGUCGACUUUCCAUCCCGAAAAACGUCCCUGUCAACUCGACGGUACAUUUCAUUAUGGCGCAUUUAAUGCCGGCAUGAAGAUGGUCUUUAAUGACAACUCUGCUUGGAUGGUUCGUUUCCCUCGUGUGGGGAUGGUUUGCGACCACUAUGCCGAUGAGAAGGUUGCCAUGGAGGUGACAGCCCUAGAACUUAUCCGCAAGAGGACUACCAUUCCCGUACCAGAAGUCCGGGCAUGGGGUCCCACUGCUAGCAACCCACUUGGUCUUGGUCCAUUCAUCAUGAUGGAUUUCAUUCAUGGUGUGAGCCUCAGCGACCUUCUCAAGGAUCCUCAGGCUGAGCAACCCACCAGACUUAUAAGAGAGGACAUCGACGAUAGCGAUAUCGAAGUUAUCUAUAGGCAGUUCGCGAAUUUCCUGCUUCAGCUCUUCAAGCUUGAUUUUGACCAAAUCGGCAGUUUACCAUCACCAAAUGCUGAACGCCAAAACGUUGUACCUAAUCGCCCGUUAACAUUCAAGGCACAUAGCAUCCUACAAAAUGGAGGAGUUGACACCUUCGGUGAUCGAGAUAAGGGCUUUGCAACGACGACUGAGUAUUUUCAAUAUAUUACCGGACAGGACUGGGAGCAGCUUAUUCACCAACCAAACUCAACUUUUGGUUUAUAUGAUGCUAAAAACAAAUAUAUGGCAUUUAAGGUCCUGCAAGCCUUGACAAGCGACUUGGUCCAUAAGAAGUAUGACUGUUGCAAGUUUAAGCUGAUCUGUGAUGAUCUCGGCUUGGCGAAUCUGAUUGUCCGAGGGAAGAAUGACCUUACUAUCGUUGGAGUAGUAGAUCUUGAAUGGUCAUAUAUCGGACCUGCUCAGCUGUUCGCCUCGGCACCAUGGUGGCUCCUUCAAGACAGACCUGUCAAUAGUGCCUGGGACUACAAUGGUGAUGAACCGCCCAAGAUUGCUUCCCGGUACUUCAAAUACUUGGAGGUUUUCAUACAUAUUUUAGAGGAAGAGGAGGCAAAAUUACCAGGGAAUGAAGAGAGGGAGCUCUCUAGCCUUGUUAAGUGGUCGCAAACUUCCGGAGCCAUGUGGUUGCAUAUGCUCCUUUCAUCCGGCUUUAAUGACCAUCGCAGCUUUCCUUUUACACAGCUGCGCCGACACUUGGGGGCUUCUAAAUGGACGAAGUACGAAGAAGAACUUGAUAACGCAAAAGCGCUUGAUGUCUUCGCAACGUGGAAGGUGGGCCAGCUAGAUGAGUACGAUGACGCCUUGGAAAAGCGGGAGAAGGAAAAAGCGUUUGUAGACAGCGGGAAGAUGACAAAAGAGGAGUUCAUUGCCAAUGCUCUGAUAGAACCUGGCCGCCUCUCUCGCUCCUCGUUUGAAUUCGCUGAUAAGGGGAGAGAUGUCAAGGGGUUAUUUCAUAAGAUGGCUGCCUGGGUUGGCUUGCGAUAG